CCUUUAAACUUCUGCAGGUCAGUUUAGCCAUGCUCCAUUGUAGCCUUAGCAGGUCUCCCAUUGGCCCGACCAGUUUUGUGUCUUACCAAUCACAGUGCUCUAUGUUUGUUGGGUGGGCUUAACUCUAGAGCUGCAACAGAGGAAAACUACAAAGAUGGUGUCAGAUCAGUCGAGGACUUUGGCAUCAACUUUGGACAAUUUAGACUUGUAAUUUUUUUUAGAUGAGCAGAUAGAGGUACUUUUGGAAAACAAAUGACUUACUUUUUCUUCUUCGAUGGUGUAUGGCGGACUUCCCCGUUGACUUGAUGAAUUUGCCUCCUCGUUUGUUGCUCUGAUUGGUCCCAGUGCUGUCCAAUUACGUUCAGGGACGGUUUGAAAGACAACCAUAGACUCCGCCUCCUGACUGGAAAGACAUUCCAGAAGCGCCUCUGUUCCUUAUUCAAUAAAAAAAAAAGUCCAAUUUGUUUACAUGGAGGGGGCGGGGCUUAAGGUUAUGGUGUUCUGGUGUCCGCUGGACUCAGGGUCUUUGUGGUUGGCCACAGAGCGAUGUGAACGGGUCUCAAGAAUUAGUAACGACUGUGAAAAUGAUUUCACACGUCUUGUGGUCAAACGAGCUCCGAAACCUGGAACUCCCUUUAAGAUUUUGGUCCGAGGAGGUUUAGUUUCUGUCACGCGGACGGAGAACCUAAUUAACUUAUCCCAGAUCGUUUCUCUGCUCUUGGUUUUGUGGUUUUCUUUGAUUUCUGUCUGAGAUGUUUGUUUUUGUUACCGAUUCCCUCGUUCCUCUACCUCCUCGUUGCUCUUCUUGUUUUAGGUGUCUUCACUUUAAUUUUCACACAGCUGUCCUCCCCCUGCUCUGCCUUUACGUGACAUCUUCACCGCGGCUUUAUUGCUUUACAUAACGCAGACCAACUAAACGGCUUUUCAUGCAUCAAUUUUUAAUGCAACUCGCUUGUGAGCUCUCCUUAACAAACUUUUAGGCUGAAUAAUGCACCAAGCACCGGCUGACGGGCUGUGAACACUGCUUGUGUGUGUGUGUGUGUACGUGCGUGCGUGCGUGUAUGCAUUUCUGCAGAAACACGUUUGAUCCAUCUCCUGAAGGUCUGCUGUUCUGCACAUGAUGGCUCUGUUCCCCUUGGAGUGGGGUUUUAGGGUUAAGUGCCUUGCUAAAGGGCACAUGGUAGUGAUACCUCGGCAUAUGGAUUGGCCAGCAGCUGUUUCCCCCAGCUGUGAUCUAUACUUUGUACCAGCAUUGAAAUAUGUCAACUCAUUGUAAACCAAUGCGCUCUGCCUGCUGUGUACACUCAGAAACUAUAUGGUGGUCAGAGCGCUCCAGGGUGGGAACAGGAACAAAAAAUGUUGCCUGUUUGGUUAAAGUUUUCCUUUUUGUCAGAGUUUUGGGUUUAAUUUCUUCUUUUAGUUUAGAUUCACUCAUUGGUUCUUGCUUUUGGUCUUUAUGGCCCUGUUACUCACACCUGCCUCUCCUGUAGUCACUCACCUGCUCUCACUCAGAAAUCAACCAUCACAGUAUAUGUAGUCCUCAGCUUCCUGUUUCCGGUCUUGUUUUCCAUUCCCAGAAGUGCCUGUAUCCUGUACUUUAUUGGACCUGAGUUUCCUACUGUGCCCCCUAGUGGAAAAUUCCAGUACUAUGUGCAGUGCAGCACAAAGCCUGUUUCCUGUGUCAACACAAGGGCAAAAAGCCAGUAUAUUCCCAGUCCUAGGCUCACUGUAAUGAUGUCCUACAAGGGAAAGACUGGUUUACCCUGCCUACUUAACCAGGACAUGAAUAUUAAAUGAACUACGUGCUGAUUGGCCAGUUUACCCUGAUGACCCUAUGACUACCUGUAGCUAGAACAUUUGUGUAAAGUAUCCCGAUAACUCAACAGGCAAACUAUGGAUCUAUCUGGCAUUCAUUCAACGUCUGGAUAUUCCCGGUACGUCCUGGAAUUGUUGAGCCCGAGUCCCAUCACUGCAGCCUCACCCAGAAGGUGUCACACCAUCUACAAGGGCUUCGCCCAGUGUCUGAUGGCCCUGGGCGACAGCCUGGCGGAAACUGCUCACAAAGACGAGGACACGCACGAGAUACACUCGAUCUGCAGGUCGUGGGAUGAGUUCCAUGACUGCGCCAACCUGGCGAUGGCUGGCUGUCCGGAGGAAGCAGCGGCUGUCUGGGAGUCUCUCCGCCAGGAAUCCAAGAAGAUGCAGUUCUCUGGGAACCUUUACGACAUGUGUGCCAACCGCAACAUCCACCCGGCGGCACCCCCCCACGACUCCCUGAACCAGGAGGAGAUCAGCCAGGAGUCUCUAAGAGGUCAAGCAUCUCACCGGGAAGGCUGCCUCCUGCUGCUUUCGCCUCUGAUGCUGCUCUUGCUUUGGAUAUAAGCACCACAUCGGACUGAGACUAGUGUAAAUACAUAAACUCUGUGUUCUUUCAUUUCCUCUCUUUCACGAGUCGAUAGACUUUCCACCGCUUCUUCCUCUGCUCUGCAGGGGCUGAACAUUUCUAACUGCAUGCUCAGAUGCCCCCAGACGCCCUUUUGAUAACACAUUUCUGAAUCUGUGUCGAAUCAUGCAUAUUCUCUGUCAUUUAAUUAGUUCCUAUGUCGUAAACACGCUCUGUAUUUCAGUAGGAACAGACCUGCAGACAGUCCAACAGGAGCCUCGUGGCGUCUGUCUUCAGCCCCAGUCCUCCUAAGUGAGGCGGGUCCAGGAGGAGGCCGCCAGAGACAGCUCCAGCUGAAAGGCUUUGGGACUUUCCUGGUUUAGUAGUGAGACGGGUGUUUUUCUAAUCGGUGGUUUUGACUUUCCACCUGGAUACCAGGUAAUCAUCACAGCAGAGGAGGGUAGAGCCAGCUGACCUGUGAAGUGUAUAAAAACACCACAGCUGGCCUCAGACUGAUGGUUUCUUUCAUGUUUUACACCAGUUUACACCUUUUGGCCAUUCAUAUAAAACUUUGAGUUAAUAUGCUGAUGUUGAUUGGACUGGUGGAGAAAGCACAUCCAUAGGGAGCUUAAGUCUCCUCCCAUUCCGGUCGGCUCACACGGGUCCCCGGAAGAACGAAUAAAUAGAUGCAAGUCGACGGGGCUAAAAACGCUGUUUUCUAACCCGCUCUGCCUUACGCCCUGGACCACACGUAUGUUAUCCUGCAAUUUAAAUGAAAAGUAAUGACGGGUGUUUCGACCACGCCAGUCACGCACUUUGAGAUUUGUAGCGUUACAUAACUAGAAUUUAAGCUGUUGCUAUCCAGCUUUGCUAAAUUCUGGGAAAGAUCAAACGAAUUGGCAAUGAAACAUAUUAUAUAUAUAUAUAUAUAUAUAUAUAUAUAUAUAUAUA